AUGAUAUUUCCAAAUCACGCGUCCCCUACUCGUGGUCGGAUCCUAGCUCUCAUUCCUAGCAUCGGCAGCGGAAACGGGUGCGGCUGCGUCCAGUCCUCUUUCUCGGGUCUAGCUGCAGAACUGCCUCGGUCGACACACACCUUCGCAAAUCUCUCCCCUGCUGCUGUCGACCCUGCCACCAGUCUUAGUCAACAGCGCUCUCGAUACUCGAGCGGAGAGACCCAGGGCCUGCUCCUCGGCAUCUGUGGAUUUGCAAAAGGCAGGGCUGAUCUCCUCGAUUCUAAUUCUGCGGCAAUCUCCCGGCCUAAGAUCUUCACGUUGAUCGGCGAAAGCAAGAGCACAGCGUCUCCACAACCAGGUUGCACAGACGCGGCUCGCACUCGCGCAACCCUACCACCCGCCUGUCUUCUGACAACGAGACCAGCUUCCACAGCCUACGGUUAUCCACUAACUCGUUCACUGGACACCCGGUCACACCCUUUGUCGACUCGGCUCCGUGUGCUCUCACCUUUGCUCCGUAAGCUAUCGUCUGUGGCAAGUCCGGGACUCACACUCAGGUCUCCUCUGCGACGUCAGCUGUCAGCUCUCUCCUCUCACAUCAACCACCGGGCGAUCCAAAGCAACAUGUCGUUCCCAGAACACGAACUCCGCCCUGCGGAGCUAGUGACGGACCAUCUCGAGACCCCUUCUUUGGAUGAUCGGACGUAUCGCGUAAUCCGGCUUCCGAAUCAGCUCGAGGCCCUCUUGGUUCACGAUGCCGAGGCCGAUAAGGCCAGUGCUGCUAUGGACGUCAAUGUUGGCAAUUUUAGUGAUGAGGUAGAUAUGCCGGGUAUGGCACACGCUGUUGAGCAUCUCUUGUUCAUGGGGACUAAGAAGUAUCCUGAAGAAAAUGCCUACAAUCAAUACCUGUCGGCGCACUCUGGCACUUCAAAUGCGUACACUGCUUCAACAUCUACCAACUAUUAUUUCGAGAUAGCUGGAAGGCCUAGUGAUGAUAGCGAGCCUUCGGCGACUAACCCGUCCCCGUUGAAAGGAGCUCUUGAUCGCUUUGCUCAAUUCUUCGUCGAGCCUUUGUUCUUGGAAUCGACUCUGGACCGCGAACUCAGGGCCGUGGAUUCUGAGAACAAGAAGAACUUGCAGAGCGACACAUGGCGACUUCACCAGCUCGAGAAGUCCUUGUCGAACCCUGCGCACCCCUACUGCCACUUCUCAACGGGCAACCUGGACGUCCUCAAAAUCGAGCCCGAGGCGCGAGGAGUCAACGUGAGGCAGAAGUUCAUCGACUUUUAUGAGAAUCACUAUUCUGCCAAUCGUAUGAAGCUCGUUGUCCUUGGUCGGGAACCACUGGAUGUCCUUGAGUCUUGGGUAGUAGAGUAUUUCUCGCCGAUUCAAGAUAAAGAUCUUAAGCCGAACCGGUGGCCCGACGCCACACCUUUGGGCCCUGAGCAACUGGGGAUGCAAGUCUUCGCAAAGCCAGUCAUGGAUUCGAGGGAACUCGGCCUUUCUUUUCCAUUCCUUGACGAGGAUGAGCUUUUUGAAUCGCUUCCAAGCAGGUACAUUAGCCACCUCAUAGGACAUGAGGGCCCAGGAAGCAUCAUGUCCUAUAUCAAAUCCAAGGGCUGGGCCAAUGGCCUCAGCGCUGGUGCUUACCCAGUUUGUCCUGGAUCGCCUGGAAUUUUCGACUGCCAAGUACGGUUGACAGAAGAGGGGCUGAAGAAUUACAAAGAAAUUGUGCAAGUCUUUUUUCAAUACGUUGCUCUCCUGAGAGAGACACCGCCGCAAGAAUGGAUAUUUGAGGAGCAGAGAGGCAUGGCUGAUGUGGACUUCAAGUUCAAGCAAAAGACGCCUGCAAGUCGAUUCACGAGCAAGGUCAGCUCCGUCAUGCAACGUCCUCUACCCCGAGAAUGGCUCUUGAGCGGUCUCAGCCGUUUGAGGAAGUUUGAGCCAGAGUUCAUCAAACAAGGAAUUGACUGCCUGCGGCCCGAAAACCUCAGGAUGACGAUCAUUUCUCGUGAUGUUCCUGGACAGUGGGAGAAGAAAGAGAAGUGGUAUGGAACGGAGUACACAAGCGAGAAAAUCCCUGAUGACCUCCUGGAGGAAAUCAAGAAAGCGGCGUCGAGCAACCCUGCGGACCGCGUAUCGAAUCUGCAUCUGCCACACAAGAAUCAGUUUAUCCCCACCAAACUCGAAGUCGAAAAGAAGGAGAUCAAGGAGCCCGCUGUAGCACCAACCAUGAUCAGGAACGACGGUCUGGCGCGUACGUGGUAUAAAAAAGAUGAUAGAUUCUGGGUACCCAAGGCGAACCUGCUCGUCAGCUGCAGGAGUCCCCUCAUCUUUGCAUCGGCGGAGAACUCCGUCAAGGCUCGAUUUUUCACGGAUCUCGUUAGGGACGCGCUUGAGGAGUAUUCCUACGAUGCUGAUCUUGCAGGCCUGCAAUACUCUGUGUCUCUGGAUGCUCGGGGAUUGGUUAUUGAGGUCAGCGGCUAUAACGACAAGCUCUCGGUGCUCUUGGAGCAGGUGCUCAAGACUAUGCGAGAUUUGGACAUCAAGGAAGAUCGGUUUUCCAUCAUCAAAGAGCGUCUGAGCAGAGCAUAUCGAAAUUGGGCCUUUCAGCAGCCGUUCCACCAGGUCGGAGAAUACACUACCUGGCUUAACACCGAGCACGACUUCCUGGUUGAGCACUACAAUGCUGAGCUGGACACAAUCACUUGCGAGGCAACCAGGGCUUUUCAGAAAGAAUUGCUGUCGCAGAUGCACAUGGAGGUUGUGGUCCAUGGAAACCUGUACAAGGAGGAUGCGCUCAGGCUCACGGACAUGUUGGAGAAGACGCUCAAGACGCGUGUGUUGCCAAGUUCGCAGUGGCCUAUCUGGCGAUCCUUCUUGUUCCCACCCGGCUCGAACUACGUCUACAAGAAGACCCUUGGGGAUCCUGCCAAUGUGAACCAUUGCAUUGAGUAUUGGCUGUACGUCGGGCAGAAGGACGAGCGCAUGGCCAGGGCCAAAGUUCUGCUGCUGGACCAGAUACUGCACGAACCAGCCUUUGAUCAGCUUCGAACUAAGGAGCAGCUGGGCUACGUUGUGUUCAGCGGUAUCAAAACCAGCGCAACAACUCUGGGCUUCCGGUUCCUCAUCCAGAGUGAGAAGACUGCGCAGUACUUGGAGACGAGGAUUGAGAAUUUCUUGAGCAACUAUGCUGAGACAUUGGAGAAAAUGAGCGAUGCCGACCUUGAGGGCCACAAGCGCAGCCUGAGCAUCAAGCUGCUCGAGAAGUUGAAGAACCUUGACCAGGAAACCAACCGGAUCUGGGGCCAGAUCUCCACUGAGUACUACGACUUUGAGCUUUCAACCAAGACUGCAGAGCGCGUCAAGGAGCUGACCAAGCAGGACAUGGUCGACUUUUUCAAGAAGCAGAUUAGCCCUGCGUCACCCGAGAGGGCCAAGAUCUCGGUUUGGAUGAUUGCGCAGGCCACGAGCGACGUGUCCACCAAACAGAUCUCGGAAUUGGUCAAGGCAUUGGAGCUCAAUUCCUCCGAGAGGGAAGCCGAGGCCGCGACAGAUCUCCAGGCCCGGCUAAGCGCCGCGGAGCACGACGAGACCAAGGAGAUCGAGGGCCUAAAGGAGUACCUGCUGCACGAUCUGAAGGUAGCGGAGGACAAGAUCGACGCGGCCGUUGAGGCAUGGGGCAAGCUGCACUCAAAGACAAACGGGGUUGUGGGACACCAGGACGAGGACCCGCCCUCGCUAAACGGAACCAAGAUCUGCUUCAUCGAGGAUCCGAGGGACUUCAAGGCCGGGCUACCGGUGAGCGCGGGGGCGCGCUCUGUCAAGGAUCUGACGGAGUACGAAGAGCUGGACCCGAAGCUAUGA